GACCCUUUGCACUAGGUCCGCCAAGCAGCUUUUCAGUCUCUGGGGCCUUUCAUAUCAACUUUUGCUAAUCCAUCUAGCAGUGGCCAGUACUUUAAAGAAGAAGAUGGUAAAAACCCAGAAGAUUGUGGUUCUGCACAGGAAAACAGCAAACAAGUCAGGACUACAGAAGAUGUUACAACAGAAGAUGAGCACAACAGGACAGAGGAUCUGUCUUCACAUGUUGAUAGUGACGAUUUUGCAAUAAAACUUGAAAAUGCCAUGGAAGAUCAAAAUACAGUGUCAAAUAACUCCCAGCGGGAAAGUGAUUUCCAGACUGAGUCAUCCUUCCAUUGCACUUUGUCUUCAGAAUCUUGCGGGGAAAUGGCUGACGAGAAUGAGCGAAGCUCUCAUUGCUGCACAGCUGGUCUGCGGGAGGCUGGGCUGAAUUCACAGGAAACCUCUCUUUCAGAGCAGGAAUUGUACAACUCUUUCCAUUUCUGGAGGACUCCACUUCCUGAAAUAGAUAUUGACUUUGAGCUUCAGCAGACUUCUGAGAUAAUACUCGAUAGAGAAAUUCAGGAACUCACCAUGCCAGUGUCUCCAAACAUUCCUAUGGCAACAAGGAAAGAAUUGGAAGAAAUGAUAGAAAAUUUGGAACCUCAUAUAGACGAUCCAGAUGUUAAAGCACAAGUGGAGGUGUUGUCCGCUGCACUCAGAGCGUCCAGUCUGGAUCCUCAAGAAGAGACGAUGGCCAGCGUUGGCAAGGGACCAGACUCACAGACUGAACUAACCGUCAAUGACCAACAAAGUUUUAAACCUAUACUGAGUGAUAUUGUGCCUUUAAUUGGUGACACUGUUGAGAAUAUGGAUUCUACACUUCACUAUAUUCAUAAUGAUUCAGAUUUGAGCACAAACAGUAGUUUCAGUCCUGAAGAAGAAAGAAAAUCCAAAGUGCAGGAUGUUGUACCUCAAGCCUUGCUGGAUCAGUAUUUAUCGAUGACCGAUCCAUCCCGUGCACAAACAGUUGAUACCGAGAUUGCCAAACACUGUGCCUACAGCCUGCCCGGUGUGGCGCUUACGUUAGGCCGGCAGAAUUGGCACUGUUUGAAAGAUACCUAUGAGACGCUGGCAUCUGACAUGCAGUGGAAGGUUCGGCGGACACUGGCAUUUUCUAUACAUGAACUUGCUGUCAUCCUUGGAGACCAGCUUACAGCUGGAGAUUUAGUUCCUGUCUUCAAUGGCUUUUUAAAAGAUCUGGAUGAAGUCAGGAUAGGUGUGCUUAAACACUUGCAUGACUUUCUGAAGCUUCUUCAUCUUGACAAAAGACGAGAGUAUCUUUAUCAGCUUCAGGAAUUCCUAGUGACUGAUAACAGCAGGAACUGGCGUUUCCGUGCUGAGCUGGCUGAGCAACUGAUCUUGCUUCUGGAUCUGUACAGUGCCCGAGACAUUUAUGACUACUUGCGACCUAUCGCUUUCAGCCUCUGUGCAGACAAAGUGUCUUCUGUCCGUUGGAUUUCUUACAAGCUGGUCAGUGAAAUGGUGAAAAAGCUGUACAUGGCUCCAACAUCAACCUUCGUGGUAGAUCUCAUGAAUGAACUUGUUGAAAAGUUUUGUAGAUGCCGCAAAUGGUCUGGUCGGCAAACUUUUGUCUUUAUUUGCCAGACUAUCAGUGAGGAUGACUGCCUGCCCAUGGACCAGUUUGCUGUGCAUCUGUUGCCGCAUUUACUACACUUGGCAUCUGACAGGGUUCCAAAUGUUCGAGUCCUGCUUGCAAAAACGUUAAAGCAAACCCUUUUAGAGAAAGAGUAUUUUCUAAAUUCUGCCAACUCUCACCAAGAAGCUGUGGAACAAACGAUUAUGGUGCUUCAAAUGGAUGACGACAGUGAUGUCAAGUAUUUUGCAAGCAUACACCCUGCCAGUACCAAGAUUGCAGACGAUGCCAUGAGCACUGCUUCAUCAACUUACUAAAAAGUUCUGAAUGUUGCUAUAAUUAAAAAAAAUUGAAACAAACUAUCCUCAAAUGCUUCUAAAAUGGUUGAUCUAGGACAGCCUCUUUGGAAGGAGAGAUUUCUUGCCAGAUUUAACAGGUGGAUGUUACCUAAACCUGAUACCAGGGAUUUUAAGUCAAGAAAAAGUAAACAUACCUGUGUCAGCUUGACUUCAGAAAAACACUGCUCAGAGGAUUAUUCUUGCCACCGAAGCCUUAAAUCUUCUGUCUUCCUGAAAAAACAAAACUUGAAUUGGCAGAUCAUUUUCAUUGUAGAAAGGAUGUGAUUCCCAGAGACCUGCAUUGUUUCUCCUGAGGAGUUAACUUAGCAAGUAUUUUCUGUAGCAACUGAUAGAUGAAAUGGCCAGAAAGGCAAAUUUAUACCGGGACGUGAGACCUCCAGUAUUAGAGCUAAAAGUUUUUAUCAUUCAAGGACUUGAUUUGUGUGCAGCUGGGCACACCCUUAAGUGGGAAUAGCUUUGAUGUUUGUAAAUGGGGAAAAUUAGAAAUUUGGAUUUCUCUUAAGGGCUCAGUGCUAACACUAAACUAGAAUUUGAUUUUAAUCCUUAAAUGCAGCAUAUUGCUGUAUCCAUUAGCAGAAAACUUUGCUGAGUACCUGUGUCCUGAUUAUUUUCAUGCUGGUCAUGACCUAAAGGAAAUUUAUUAGCACAUGUACUUUAAGUCAGGUAUUUUUAACUUGAUCAUGAUCGGCUCUGAGGUGCA